AUGCGGCUGGCCUUCUCCUGCGCAGCGACAGCCUCGUCGUGUGCCUCCUCCAACGCCUUCCGCUCCACGGCCACCGCGCGCAUCGACCUCUCGUGGGUUGCGCGAGCUGAGGCGAUACGGGCCUCCAAGAGCCUGCUGACCUCUUCCAGCCGCCCCCUCUCUUCAACGAGGGCGGCGCGAUCCUUGUCGAGCUCGGCUUGCUCCGCCGCCACGGCCGCUUCAAGCCGCUCGAUAACCUCCCAAGCACUUCCGAGCACAUUCGGGAGGGGUUCCGGGGCCUGGCUUGACGGUGGCCGGGCGCUGGGUCUCCUGCGAGCCCUCUCUGCAGAGGUGCUUGAGGUCUCCGACGACUACCGCGCCGGCACCGCCCUCGUCGCAACCACCUCCACCGCGGCCACACACUCCGCCCUCGGAAUGCUCGGGGCGGGCUCGGAUGGCGUUGGCUGCUCGAGAGCGGCCACUGCCCUCGGCUUAGGGCAGGGUGGCUCCGGAUCCACCGGCACGCUCGGCUCUGGGGCGGGCGCGCUCGACCAAGGAGCAGGAGCCAACCUCGGCUCCUCUGGCUGCCUCUGGCCUCCCGCAGGGUCCUUGGGCGGUCUGAAAACAAAAAGGGUUAGUGCCUAA